AUGGCCGUCCCCGACAAGGAACCAUGGGCCGAGGGCGCGGAGAAAAACAGGGGGCAGCGUCUGCUGCCCCACGUUGUUGAUUAUUAUGCCUAUCAUGAUCCGGAUCGUAUCUUCGCCGCUGUGUACAAUUCGGAUGGUGUCGACAAUGGCUUCGAAGAUGUUACGGUCAAGACGGUGGCCAGUGCUGUCGAUCAGAUGGCCUGGUGGUUCAGUAAAAACUUGAAAUCGAACAGCAAACGACGAACGCUUGCGUAUAUUGGACCAAGUGAUCUGCGAUAUACAGUGAUCUUCUUGGCGGCGAUCAAGUGCCGAUGGAAGAACCCUCUCACAUUGAACCUCGGUCUUUUACAACAAGCAGAUGUAUCUGCGCUUCUCUUCGCCGACACUUUGCGCACUCUUGCCAAAAGCUUUCAAAAAUUCGAUCCUUCUAUAUCUUGCAAGCAAGUGCCGUCACUUUCCGAGAUCUUGAAUGCACGGGCCCCUCCAUUUCGAUUUGAUGCAUCCUGGCAAAAUAUCAAGGAUGAUAACUGCUUGAUCUUACACUCAGCGGGGUCAACAGGACCCCCGAAGCUCAUCAACUAUACCCACGCCGCGAUCUCCUGUACAGAUAAUGAUGCCAAAGUUCCUGUUCCAGAAGGAAGACGUGCGCAAAAUGCAACUCUGUUUAUGUUCGAUACCCCCAGUCGUUUUUACCCGUGCUUUCCGGCUUUUCAUUUGGCUGGUGUUCAAGCUUACAUUUUGAUUCCCUCCUUCUACCCGACUUGUACUGUGGUUAUGGGCCCUCCAUAUGGAGCCCCUAGUGGUGCUUUGGUAGAAAGCGUAAUGUCCCAGCAGGAUAUUCGAGCCCUUUGGAUGACCCCGCAAGUCAUUGAGCAAUGGGUCAGCACCAUUCCCUCUUCUAUUAAAAAAGCGGAGACCCUUGACUUUAUAAUCCUGGGUGGAGGUACUGUGCCAAAGGUCAUUGGCGAUAAGCUAAACAAGGUGACCGACCUUUGCUCGCUUUAUGGUACCAUCGAGAUUAGCCAAGUUCAAAUGCUAGUCCCUCGACGAGGCGAUUGGCAGUAUCUGGAGCCUAACCCAGUCGAAGAAUGCGAUAUGCAAGAGGUGGACGAGGGGAUCUUCGAGUUGGUUCUACACAACGACAAGAAAUUUAUCGGGCAGCGAACUCUCUCACACACUUUCCCAAAUGUGAAAACAUGGCGAUGCCAGGACCUGUUUCUUCCCCACUCAACAAGACCGGGCCUUUGGAAAUUUCAUGCGCGAAUCGAUGAUAUCAUUGUUCUCGCAAAUAACGAGAAACUUUUGCCUGUCGUCAUGGAACGAAUGAUUACAGAUAAUCCUCUGGUUGCCGGGGCUCUGGUGGUUGGUAAUGGUCGUCCAGAAGUGAUUCUUCUUGUUGAGCCCCGAUCGUCACCCGAUGUGGAUCGCAUGAGCAAGAAAGAGUUUAUUGACGCUAUUUGGCCCACUGUUGCGCAGGCGAACGAAACUGCUCCCACGUACGGCAAAAUUCGUCGAUCUCGAAUUACGCUCAGUCAGCCUAAUUUGGGCUUCUUUCGCUCACCCAAGGGAUCGAUUUCGCGGAAACCGACAGAAUCAUUGUAUGCGGAGUACAUCAAUGCGGCUUUCGUUGACGGUACCACUGACGAGCAGAAUGAAGUUGGAGUCUUAGAAAAUUACUGGAUGGAUGAAACCAAACGGUUCAUUGGAUCUAUCGUUCAUGAUAUUCGACCCGACGCCCGGCUCUCAGAGACAGAUGAUCUUUUCAUGAACAAUGCCAUGGAUUCUUUGUCGGUGCUGGAACUAGGGCAAAAAUUAAAACUCGGUCUUUCUGGACGCAUGGAUAAAGAGAAGAACAACAUUGAUUUCUGGAUGCGGACGAUUUUUGAGAAUCCCACAAUUGAUGAUCUCGCAACUGCUACCCUCGAUGCGGUAUGUGCUCCUGGUGGCGGUGGCAGUGCCCAGUCACAAAUUCCAUACGGAGUGGAUAGUUUUGUCGAAGAAAUGAUAGCCCAGCUUCCCGAGCCCAGGUCAACUAGCCCGCCCCCACCACUAGACACAGAAGAGCUCCGAAUAGUGCUACUUGGGUCCCAGGGGCGUCUUGGUCCUUACUUGAUCAAAAAUUUGCUAGAGGACGAUCGGGUAGCGGGGGUAAAGUGUCUGGACCGGGGACCAAACGGUCGAGAAUUGUUUCAGGCUCGUGCGGACGAGCUAAAUCUGGGAAUCGACGCCAAAGACCCACGUCUACAAUUUGUGUCGAUUAAUCUCUCAAGAUCGAACUUGGGGCUACCUGAAAAACACUUGAAUGAGAUAUACCAAUAUGCCGAUGUCAUCAUCCAUAAUCUCUGGUCAGUACACUACGCUCUAUCUCUCGCAUCGUUCGCGCCUCAGAUUCUGAGAAGCGUGGCCUCCGUCAUCGAUAUUGCCAACCGCGCCGAGUCUCGCCCUCGCGUGGUCUUCACAUCCAGUAUCGCCAGUGUGCAUCGAUGGGGUGUUGCAAUUUCUCCCGUUGUUCCCGUUCCCGAGGAAGUGAUCAACUGCUCUGGGACUGCGAUGUCAAGUGGCUAUGGGCAAUCGAAGCAAGUUGCAGAGCGAUUCCUCGCAGCUGCAGGCGCCAAGCUCAACAUCUCAAUCUCAAUUCUCCGAAUCAGCCAGAUAUGUGGCCCUGUGGACGUUCCAACGGGUUGCAAGUGGAAAAGUCACGAUUUCCUUCAUUCACUAGCCAUUAUCUCCAAGGCUAGUGGGCUUAUCCCAUGUUCGACGGGCACCAUCAACUGGAUGCCGGUUGAUCAGGCAGCAAGCAUUGUUAGCGAAAUUUCUCUAGCUGAGGUCCAUGGCGAUCACGAGACGGGUACGCCCAAUGUGCAGCUUUACAAUAUUGUGCAUCCUCAACCAGUCCCAAUCAAGAAGUUCGAGGAUGCAUUGCAGAAGUUCAUUUCGUCUCCAAAGCAGGUGAGCUACUCUGACUGGGUGACGCGUCUAUCUAAUCUCCUUCCGAACACUAUAUCCAAGGAGGCUGAAGAGGUAAAGAGCCGCAUUCUUCCUUUCUUCAAGACUGUCGUCUAUGAAGGCGAGAAUUUCUAUGUCAUCGACAAGGCUAAGGCUGUCAGUCCGACAUUGGCUUCAAUGGGGCCUAUUGGGUCUGAGGCAAUGGAGAAGUGGUGUGAGUCGUGGACUGAGAGCGAAGAGUAA